GUCUUUAUGCCUUGCGAAGAGUCCUGAAGAAACAACCUGAUCUCCCUGAUAGCAAGGUGGCUGGGUUGGUGAAGAUUACUCUGAGUGAUUUCUUGCAGGGAAUGAAUGAUAUCAGGCCCAGCGCUAUGAGGGAGGUAGCAAUUGAUCUCCCAAAUGUAUCCUGGUCAGAUAUAGGAGGACUGGAAAAUAUCAAACUGAAAUUAAAGCAGGCUGUGGAAUGGCCCUUGAAACAUCCAGAGUCAUUUAUCAGAAUGGGUAUUCAGCCACCUAGAGGAGUUCUUCUGUAUGGACCACCUGGAUGUUCCAAAACAAUGAUAGCAAAGGCUUUGGCAAAUGAGAGUGGACUGAAUUUUCUGGCCAUUAAGGGACCUGAGUUAAUGAAUAAAUACGUUGGUGAAUCUGAAAGAGCAGUUAGAGAGAUCUUCCGAAAGGCAAGAGCAGUGGCUCCUUCCAUAAUUUUCUUUGACGAGCUUGAUGCCUUGGCAGUUGAAAGGGGCAGUUCUUCAGGUACUGGGCAUGUGGCCGACCGUGUCUUGGCUCAGCUCUUAACGGAGAUGGAUGGGAUUGAACAGCUCAAGGAUGUGACAAUUUUGGCAGCUACUAAUCGCCCAGAUAGGAUAGACAAGGCUUUGAUGCGGCCUGGAAGAAUUGAUAGAAUCAUCUACAUGCCUUUACCAGAUGCAGCUACAAGAAGGGAAAUAUUAAAACUGCAGUUUCACUCUAUGCCAAUCAGUAAUGAGGUUGACCUGAAUGAGCUCGUCCUCCAAACUGAUAAAUAUUCUGGAGCAGAGAUUAUUGCCAUCUGUAGGGAGGCGGCUCUUCUGGCUCUGGAAGAAGACAUUAAAGCCAACUGCAUCAUGAAGAGACAUUUUACUAAAGCCCUGAGCACUGUGACACCUAGAAUUUCUGAAUCAUUGAGGCGUUUUUAUCAAGAUUAUCAGGAGAAGAGCGGGCUACAUACACUCUGAGAAAAAAAGAAUAUUCAUUAUACUAAAAUCCUUCCUACAGAAAAUACCUUCUUUAAAUUUUGUCUUGAGAAUGUUAAAAAAAAAUCCUAAUUAGAUAAAAUGUUUGAAAUAUUUUUACUAAAAUUGAAGGGCUUUGGUUAUAGACAUUUUGAAUCUGUGGGUACAA